GUUUCAGAGUCUGUCGUUAGUGUGUCUGUUUGUAGUGAGUGGGGAAGGCAACAAGGCGGGCAGCGUUCUUGUGCUUGACAUUCUAGUCAUUGCUUCUUUUAUUGGCAACACUCUUUCUAUAUUAUAAGAUGUGUUCGUAUUCCUUGGUAUUGCUGCUAUGGACGACCCUGGUGUCCCGGGUGUUGGUUGGUGCACAAAUUUCCACACCUGGCUCUGGUUAUGGCAGUCAGACCCGAGGACAGGGAGGUGCCAGCUCUCAGGGGUCAUCGGGUCAACAGGUCAGCGGUUCAGUUGUAGGUGGCGGCCCGGGCGUCGGCAGCGGUCCACUUCUUGGUGCUGGAUUAGGUCUUGGCAGCGGUCAAGGAAUAGGGAUUAACCUCGGCCAAGCCAAUCAAGCUGGCAGUUCUAGUCAGAGAGUCGGCAGCGGUGACAGGGCUGCACAGGUCAGCAGCGGACCUCGAGCUACUUCUGGCAGCAGCGGUCCGGCCUCUUACGCUGGUGCAAGGUAUGGCAGUCCUCAAGUGAGCAGAGUGGAUGCACUAUUUAACCCCACUGUCACCCAGCUCAUCACCAUCGACCGCUUCGUCACCCUCACUGAUCAGGCUUUCCAGAGUGUGGCUGUCACCCUCACUUCUCUCACCGUCCAGACUGUCACCACUGGAACACGCGCGGUGGCACAGACGCCGGUGGAUGACCGCGUGGCCCUCCAGACAACGGUGGUUGUCAGACCUUCAACACUAACGGUCACGUACGUGCAGUCAGACUUCAGGAUUGUGACUGAAAGGUCUCUAGACUACGUGACCAUCGCACACACCUCUUACGUCAUCAUUCAGACUACCUACACUACUACUGCUACCCAAGUGCUGUCGUACACGACAACGUUGGUGAGAACAAACAUCAAUACUAAGAGCACAGUGUUCACGGACUACCGCACAGUCACCGACACAGUCCUCGUCCCCGGAGCCCGCUACGGUUAUAGACAGCUCUAGCACCUUCAUCCAUGCUGAGAUUUUAAAGAAAGUAAUAUUAAACGUUUAACAUCAUCGGUCUGUAUAAGCUAUUAAACUUGACAUAAGCAUU